AUGGAGGAACUGGACAAGAAGACUACCCCUGCUUCGGGUUUACCUCUCGCCUUUCACGGCACAGCCAUUCAUGCCAAGACCCCAGACGAACUCCAGAUCUUGGAGGAUUGCUUCAUUCUCGUGGGCAAAGAUGGCAAGAUCCAGGCUUUCCAAGCAGGUGUAGAACGUGAUCAGAUCAACUCGCUUGUCUCAGAGAAUGGCUAUGCGCCCGACAUCUUCCCAGUGAAAUAUCUCAAGCGCGGGGAGUUUCUGUGUCCUGGUUUCGUUGACACCCACAACCAUGCACCUCAGUGGGCACAACGCGGUGUUGGAAGAGGGAUCUCGCUGCUUGACUGGUUAAACAAGGUCACAUUUACGCACGAGGCGAAGUUUGAAGAUCCCGAAUAUGCCAAACGCACGUAUGCCUCUUGCGUUGCGGGGUUCUUGCAGCAGGGAAUCACUACAGCAUCUUACUACGGUUCCCACCAUGGCGAGGCAACUCGGAUCCUGGCGGACAUCUGCUUUGAAAAAGGCCAACGCGCUUUGGUGGGAAAGUGUAACAUGAAUCGGAAUGCUCCAGACUGGUACAGGGAUUCCUCCGUCUCGGAGUCGCUGCGGGAAACACAUGAGCUUAUCCAGCAUGUCCGCCAACUUGACCCAGGAUUCCAGCUGGUGAAGCCGAUUAUUACGCCACGCUUUGCAAUAUCCUGUGAGCCAGAGUUAUUGGAUGGGCUGGGUGCCAUUGCUCGUGAACAUCCCGAUUUGCCAAUCCAAACCCAUUUCAAUGAGGCAAAGCAAGAAAUCGAAUUCACAAAUCAGCUCUUCCCUGACUUCCAGACAGAAGCGGAUCUCUAUCAGAAAUUUAAUUUGUUGAAUGAUCGAUCCAUCCUUGCGCACUGCAUUUUCCUGCAAGAAGAGGAAAUGCGCCGCAUCCAGGAGCUUGGCUGUGGUGUUGCCCAUUGCCCAAUCGCAAACACUACUAUGCAAGAGUUUAUGAUCGCACCCGUGAGGGAGUACUUGCGUCGCGGUAUCAAGGUGGGACUAGGUACGGACAGUGGCGGCGGUUACUCGUCAUCGAUCCUAGACGCCAUGAAGCAGGCCUUUAUUGUGUCAAAUGCGCAGCAGACGAAGACUGAAGGCCGAGACCCUGCAUUGUCUCUGUCGGAGUGCUUUUUCCUUGCCACUCUAGGUGGUGCACAGGUUUGUGGACUCGAUGAUCGGAUUGGAAACUUCGCAGUCGGUAAAGAGUUUGAUGCGCUGGAGAUUCACACCCUAGAUCUUGACCGACCGGGAGUGAUGUGUCUGGUGGAAGAGGAGGACACUAUUGACGUAAUCUUUGAGAAGUUUCUAAUGACUGGCGAUGAUCGGAAUAUUGCCAGGGUCUAUGUGAGUGGCCGCUCGGUUAAGGCUUGA